GUCUCGCUCUCGUGGAUAAAUCAAUAUUUGGCGGUGAUCUGGAAUCACGCAAUACGUAGAUCGAGUCUUUGACUGGGGAAAGACGGCAGUGAAAUGUGUGGCGAAGUUCUGUUCUUUACGCGAGGAGCUUUUGGAGAGAAACCCGCGGCUUUGGAGGCGUAGUCUCAGCGUUUUGCGGUUUGGGUUUGAAGCCAGAGAGAGGAGAGCUGGAAAUACUGUGAAGGUCGUCCGCUUUAGAACUCUGUUCUUUGCGAGCUAGAUUGGGGAUUUGCUGAUGUCAGCGACGGACAAAGUAGAGUCUGUGACGGCAUCUUCGUCGUCUGUGGAGUUGGAUCCACUCCUGAAGGAUCUGACGGAGAAGAAGUUGAGCUUUAAGAAGAACGUGGUUUCAUUGGCGGCAGAGCUGAAGGAUGUCCGGCGCCGGUUGGCUUUGCAGGAACAGUCAUUCACAAAAGAAACCCACACGAGAAAGGUAGCGGAAAUGAAGGCAAAGAGCAUGGAGGAAGAAAUAGGCCAGUUACAAAUAUGUCUACAAGAUAAGGAUGAAAAGCUGAAAUCAUCUGUGUCUACUAGCCAGCAGUACGUGAAGGAGUUGGAUGAUUUAAGAUCUCAACUAUCAAUUACUCGCGUGACUGCAGAUGCCAGUGCUGCAUCAGCUCAAUCAGCUCAAUCCCAAUGUUUGGACUUGUUAAGAUUACUAGAUGAGAAAAAUAAUUUACUAGAGAAACAGGAAAUGAGAGUAAAUAAACUAGGGGAGCAAAUAGACCUUCUGCAGAAGGAUCUCCAAUCAAGAGAGCUCUCGCAAAGGCAGCUAAAGGAUGAAGUCUUCCGAAUAGAGAAAGAGAUAAUGGAUGCUGUUGAAAUAGCUGCAGUGAAAAAGGAUUGUGAGCUUAGGAAGAUAUUGGCAGAAGUUUCACCGAAGAACUUUGAGAAUAUCAAUAAACAUCUGACUGCAAAGGAUGAAGAGAUUGCCGGGUUGAGGGAUGAGAUCAGGAUCUUGUCUGCAGACUGGAAACAACAAACCGAAAAACUGGAAGCGCAGCUAGAGAAAUAUCAUAGAGCUGAGCAGGAGCUCAAAAAGAGGAUAGUGAAACUUGAAUUCUGUCUUCAAGAAGCACGGUCCCAAAUACGGAAACUUCAGAGGAUGGGAGAGAAAAGAGACAAGGCAAUAAAGGAACUAAGAGAUGAAUUGGCUACAAAGCGACAAAACUGUGCCGGUUGCAGCGACAAACAAAACUUUUGGGAGAGUUCAGGAUUCAAGAUUGUUGCUUCCAUGUCGAUGUUGUUCCUAGUUGUUUUUGCGAAGCGGUAGAAGUGUAGAGCCUUUAGUUGCUGUGUAAAGAAUGUUGGUUUUGGUUCUUAGCAAUAGAACUUUGUUGUAAGAAACAAUCUAUAUAUAAGGAACAUGAAAACUCAUGGGCUUAGGAUCACCAUUUUGAGGAGAGUUGUGCAGCUGAGCAUAGUGGUGGAAUGAGUGCGCAAUGAACUGAUCUGAUUGACCAAGGACAGUUGGCCUCAGUCAUUGUGCAAUUUUGUAGCUUAAAAGUUUCAGUAUAAUUCAAAAGGGUAUCUGAUUAUGAUUCAGAGA